AUGGAAUAAGGCGUGUCCGUGCUAGACUGUGGUACCAUAAAACCCGUGUGUAGUUGAAUUAGUUUUAAGUCAACGUAUACGUUGAUGGCUCUGCGGUCCGGAAACACAGCAUUUAACGAUUUCUACAAGAGUCAUACUCCGAAUAUCUUCCGUCCCCUCUCCUUGAACGCGCAUUGUUCCAUCCGGCCAAUCUUUACUUGACCUUCUUUGAUCCUGGGAACUUGGGAGAGUGCUGAAGGUGUGGAUCGAUCGUACUGUGUGUGUCUUUGAGUGAGUCGACCGUGAACGGGAUUGUCAUCAGUUAGUUUUAUGUUUGCGAUUAUUUGACGAAGGCAGUCUCUCUCUCAGGAAAACAAGACUCGGAAGGAAGUCGUCUCAGGAGUAGAGUUGUUUGGCUAGCAAUUUCUGUGUCAUCACGUAGUUUGUCCAGACUUCAUCCAAGUUCCGUAACGCUAUCGGUGUCGUCAGUUUUAUCUACCCGUACUCCGCUGUCAUCAAGGACCACCCAUGUUUGGAUAGCAUUCGCUCCAAUUAACAGGAAUUAUAAAUUAAAGUUCAGCUAAUAUUUUUUGGAAUUGAUUUGUAUGCUACAGAAAAUGGCGUGGUGCUACUUUUUAUGCCUUUUAGCCUGUUAUGGUGCUUCAGUAUUGGGUCAAGAACCUUCUUGUGAAGGGGGUGGAUGUUACCCUGCCACCGGUGACCUUUUAAUUGGAAGAAAAGAGCAACUUUCAUCAUCUUCAACGUGUGGUUUAGAAAGACCGGAACGUUUCUGUAUUGUUAGUCAUUUAACAGACAUUACUAAGUGUUUUUAUUGUGACUCUCGGAAUUCUUUUAAGAAGGGUGUCCAUGUGUUGAGCCACAGAAUAGAAAAUGUUGUUACAUCGUUUGAUGAGAACAGGAAAGAAACUUGGUGGCAAUCAGAAAAUGGAAGAGAGGAUGUCUUUAUUCAGUUGGAUUUAGAAGCUGAAUUUCAUUUCACUCAUCUUAUAAUGACUUUUAAAACUUUCCGGCCUGCUGCCAUGUUUGUAGAGAGAUCAUCUGAUUUUGGUAGGACGUGGAAGAUAUAUAGAUACUUCGCUUACAAUUGUGAGGAAUCCUUUCCAGGUAUCAAACACGGUCAUCAAGAAGACAUCAGUGAAACUAUUUGUGAGUCACGAUACUCAGCUGUGGAACCAUCGACUGAGGGUGAGGUCAUUUUCAGAGUCCUGCCACCAAAUCUUCAAGUUAAUGAUCCAUAUGCAGCCGAUGUACAGGAUCUCUUGAGGGUGACUAAUCUCCGUAUUAACUUUACCAAGCUGCAUACUCUUGGUGACAACCUUCUAGAUAACAGAGAGGAAAUCAAAGAAAAAUAUUACUAUGCUUUGUAUGAUAUGGUUGUUAGAGGUAGCUGCCAGUGUUAUGGUCAUGCAAGUAGAUGUAUUCCAUUGGAAGGAAUGAGCCAUGAGUCUGGAAUGGUGUAUGGUAAUUGUGAUUGUACACAUAACACUAAGGGUUUGAAUUGCGAACAGUGUGAAGAUUUCUAUAAUGAUCUGCCAUGGAGACCUGCUGCUGGGGGUGAAACUAAUGCUUGUAAAAGAUGUAACUGUAAUAAUCAUGCUUCAAGAUGUCAUUUUGAUCCAGCGGUUUAUGAACAGACUGGUCAGAUUAGUGGUGGUGUAUGUGAUAAUUGCCAACAUAAUACCCUGGGUAGAAACUGUGAACAGUGCAGACCAUUCUUUUACAUGGAUCCAAGUAAAGAUAUCAGAGAUCCAAAUGUUUGUGUUCCCUGUAAUUGUGAUCCCUCUGGUGCUGUAAAUGGUGGCGAGUGUGAGAGUCGGGAAGAUAGAGAAAAUGGUUUGGUUGCUGGCAGGUGUAUCUGUAAAAGAUUUGUUGAAGGUGACCGUUGUGAUGUUUGUCGGGAUGGAUAUUGGAAUCUAGAAUAUAACAAUCCAGAAGGAUGUCAACCUUGUUCCUGUGCAUUGCAGGGUACUGUUGGCAAUCAGGGUUGUCAUAAAAGAACAGGACAAUGUGUAUGUAAGAGAUUGGUUACAGGCAGAGACUGCAAUGAGUGCUUGGAUGGUUAUUGGGGAUUAAGUGAUGAUCCAGAUGGAUGUAAACCAUGUGAUUGUGAUAUAGGUGGUUCAUAUGAUAAUCUAUGUGAGAAAUCUGAUGGACAAUGUAGAUGUAAACGCAAUAUCAUUGGUAGACGGUGUGAUAUGGCUGAACCAGGCUUCUUUGUACCAGGCUUAGAUAUGAUAACUUAUGAAGCAGAACUUAACAGAGGAAUUGGGCCAACUACUGUUGAAAUUCGUGAGCAGCCAGAUGGUACUGUGGUCACAUGGACUGGUCCUGGGUUUAUGAGAAUCCGAGAAGGUGGGAGUGUAGAAUUUAUAGUGGACAAUAUACCCACCUCCAUGGAGUAUGAUGUCAUGUUAAGAUAUGAACCACAGAUGCCAGAGACUUGGGAAGAUGUGAGAGUGACUGUAACAAGGCCAACAGAUAUACCAACCAGUAGUGUUUGUGGUAACACCAUCCCUCAGGAUGAUUUAUUAGCUACGUCAUUGUUACCUGGACAAAGACACCGUAUUCUGUCAAGACCUGUGUGUUUAGAACGUGGAACUCGUUACACUAUCAGGGUUGACUUCAACAGAUAUCACAAUGGUUCCCCUACACCAGCGGCACAAAUACUCUUUGAUUCGUUGGUUUUGGUACCAACUCAUAGCAGUUUACCCAUGUUCCAAGGACCAGGUCCAGCAGAAGAAAGACGAGAACAAUAUGAGAGAUAUCGUUGUCAGGAAACUCAGAUGUCUGUAUUAAAACCACCAAUGCCUGAAAUCUGUGAAGACCUCAUUUUUAGUAUGUCAGCUUCCAUGUAUGACGGUGCUGUUCCUUGCAACUGUGAUCAAACUGGAUCUGUUAGUUCUGUGUGUGGAGCUAUUGGUGGUCAGUGUGAAUGUAAAAGUAAUGUAAUUGGCAGAAGAUGUGAUCGAUGCUCACCUGGUACUUAUGGAUUUGGACCUCAAGGCUGUCAAUUGUGUGAUUGUAACCAGAUUGGUUCAAGGAGCUUAUUAUGUGAUGUUAACAGUGGUCAAUGUCCAUGUAAUCUCAAUACCUAUGGACGUCAGUGCGAUCUAUGUGAGAGAGGAUAUUGGAAUUUCCCUAACUGUCAACCAUGUCAGUGUAAUGGUCAUGCUGAUACUUGCGAUUCUAGGACUGGUACUUGUGAAGAUUGUAGAGAUAAUACAGCUGGUCAAUUCUGUCAAAUUUGUGCACUUGGUUUUUACGGUGAUCCUCGUGAAGGAAGUGGACAGGUAUGCCAACCGUGUAUGUGUCCAGGUGGUGCUGGGAGUGGAUUUCAGUUUGCUGAUUCUUGUUAUUUAGAUCCCAGAUCCCAGACUGUUAUAUGUGAAUGUAAAGAAGGAUAUACAGGUAUUCGUUGUGAUCAGUGUGAUAAUAACUUCUUUGGUAAUCCAUUAAUACCCGGUGGUGGUUGUCAGAACUGCAGUUGUAAUGGUAACAUAGAUCCAUCUGUACCUGGUAAUUGUGAUGCCAGGACUGGUGAAUGUCUCAGAUGUUUGUACAACACUGAAGGUACAUAUUGUGAAAACUGCAAACCAGGUUUUUAUGGUGAUGCUUUAAACAAGGACUGUAAAAAAUGCGUUUGUAACAUCCUUGGUACUGACCGUAGUGUUUGCGAUAAUAUGAAUAAUUGUGGUAUAUGCGAUAGUAAUACUGGCCAGUGUCCAUGCUUACCUAAUGUUGAAGGACGAAACUGUGAUAGAUGUACUGAUGAUUAUUGGAAGUUAGCCAGUGGUACUGGUUGCGAACUCUGCAACUGUUGUUCAUAUGGAUCAGUAUCAUCACAGUGCAAUGAGUUUGAUGGACAGUGCCAGUGUCGUCCAGGUUUUGGUGGAAGACAGUGUUGUGACUGUGAGGCUGAUUUCUGGGGUGAUCCUCUUGUAGAAUGCAAAGCAUGUAACUGUGAUCCUGAUGGUUCUGAGUCCCUACAGUGUGAUAGAGAUACUGGUGUAUGUCUAUGCAAAGAAGGCGUUACUGGUGAUAAAUGUGAUCGCUGUGAUAGAGGUACUUCAGGUGAUCUACCAAACUGUGAACCAUGUGGUGAAUGCUUCGAUGACUGGGAUGAUAUUAUACAGGAUUUGAAAAAUCAGACUGAUUAUGAAAUUGACCGUGCUCAGAACAUCAAACAUACUGGUGCACCUGGUGCAUAUGAUGAUGAAUUCCAAGAAAUGGAAGAUAAACUAGACAAGAUCAAGAAGCUUCUUGUUGCUCCUAAUGUUACUGAAGCUGAAGUGGAAGACCUACAGAAAGACUUAGCAGAUAUUCGUGAUGGAUUGACUGGAUAUGAGAAACAACUUGAUGAAAUUGAAGAUGAUCUACCAAAAAUAGAGGACAGAAAAUUAGAUGCUGAUGAUGAACUGGAUAGAUUAGAAAAAGCUGCUGGUAAUUUAGCCAAAAAAGCCAAAGAUCUAGAAGAUAAUGUGACUGAUAUCAGUCUCUCUGACGUAGAAGGAGCUUUUAAUAGUAUCAAAGAAAGUCAGAAUAAAUCCCAAAUGGCCCAAGAUAAAGUAGACGCCACAGAACCAAUUAUUGAGGAGUCAGAAGAAAUCCGAGAUGAGCUGAAUAAAUUGAUAAAAGAUAGGCAAGAUGAAUUGGAUCAAAAUCAAAAAGACAAUGAAGAUGCCUUGAAUGAUCUUGAUAACCAGUUAGCUGGCUUAGAAGCUAAACUGAAAGAUGUCAAUGAGAUGGUAUGCGGCGCACCAGGUGAUGAGUGUAGUACAUGCGGUGGUGCUGGUUGUGGAGAAUGUGGUGGAUUGGGAUGCGCUGGUGCAGUUCCGGUGGCAGAACAAGCACUCACCAGAGCACAGGAUGCAGAUGACAAACUUAGAGAGAAAGAGAAAGAAGCAAAUGAUAUGUUAGAUGAAGUCCAGAUGGCAGAAGAUGAUGCAAAUGAUGCCAAAGACAAAGCUCAGAUGGCAUAUGAUGCAGCAUUACAGGCUAAGACAGAAGCUGAAGGUGCCCAGACUAAUUUGACUGAUUUACUUGAUGCAAUAACUGAUUUCCUGCAUUCAGAAGGUGCCAAACCCUCUGAUAUCAGACGUAUAGCAGAAAAGGUAUUGGCUAUGAAAAUUUCCCUCACCCCAGAUGAGAUCAGAGAACUUGCCAAAGAAAUCAAUGAAACUAUUCAGAAUUUGGAGAAUGUGGAUGACAUCUUAGAUGCUACUAAAGAUGAUUUAGACAGAGCUAAAAAAUUAAAAGAAGAUGCAGAGAAAACAAAGGAUUUUGCUGAUGGUGUACUUGAUAAGGCACGUAAUGUAGUUGAAGCAUUGGACGAUGCUGACAAAGCACAACAAGUAGCUGAAGAUGCCAUAGAUAAAGCGGAUGAUGAUAUCAAAGCAGCUGAGGAAGCACUCUUACAGAUUGAGUCAGAAACAAGUGCUGCAUUAGAAAAAGCACGCGAUUCUUUAAAUAAAGUUGAAGAUAUGGAUGAUCAGUUAGACGAUGUGAAGAGAAAGUUUACAGAUAAUGAAAUAAAUAUUGACAAUGCUGCGGAAGCUGCAAAGCAAGCAGAUGAACUAGCUGAUGAUGCCCAGGAUGAUGCUGAUAAUCUACAGAAUAAAUACACGGAUGCAGCAAAAGAAAUUGAUGAUAAGAUUAGUGAGAGUAACGAUGCACUUGAACGAGCUGAGAAACUGAAAGAUGAUGCCACAGCUUUGGAAAGUGAAACACGAGACAAGUUACAGGAAUUGGAUGAUAUUAAAGGUGAUUUUGAUAACAAUGAAGACAGGUUGGGAAAUCUUGCGGAUGAACUUGGUGAUUUGAAUGAUGAAAUGUCCAAAUUACUUGCUGAUAUUGAGCGAAAAGCCCAGUUUUACAGAACUUGCCAACCUGGUACAUAAUGCAAGAUAACAUACUGGUAGCAAUGAUGUAGUAUAUAUAUAUCAUACCAGGCAGAAGAAAGAAUGGCUGAAAUGAAUUUUCAAAAUGCAUAAAUAUUUGACAUAGGAUUGCUUUGAAAUUCACUCCUGUUAUCAAGUAUUGGAUUUAGCUGCCUUGUUCAAUCAAAAAAGUGAAUUUAUUUAUUCGAGAAGGGGCUUGGCUUUACCAAAUUUGAAUUAUAUAAUUAUGUUUAUUGACUCCCCCUCUCAAGUAAAUAACAUAGACAAGAGCCAAACUAAAAAUGGUAUUUUGUAGGAUUUUUUUAGUGAUUUAUACACGAAAACAUUGUAGCUUAUUUAUAUAUAGGACAUACACUAAUCAUUUGCAGGCUUAUUAUCAAGGCAUAAAAUGAAUCAAGUUUGAAAUUUUGGAUAAUGCUAUAUUGAGAAUCAAACAUUUUGGAUGCGUUUGCUGUCGUUCUCCAUGUUUAGUGAUUUGUAGUGAUAUCUGUUUCAAACGCUUUUCUUCGCUUUACCAUCACAGUUCUUAUGCGAAAAAGUUGUUUAGGUACCUUUGUUUUGGCCAGUUUAGGUACAAAUUGUGGCACUUAUUGAGUGGUAACAGAUUGAAGUGCAGUAAGAUUGGAGGAAAAGUAUACACAACAAACCAUUUAACAGUUAGCAUUAACAUGGCAGUGAGUUUUCUGCACUGACCGUCCUACAAUAAAUUAGAUCUUGUGUAUUUCUAUCAAAGAUUCGCUUCUAAUACAGCAAAUAAGGUAGAUUAAAACAUUACUUUAAUUGAUAGAAACGCUUCAGCCUAUGCAUGAAUUGAAUUAAAUAAUACCAAUGACUAUUUCUUUUUUCAGGGAUUUUGUAAGAGUUUUACUAUUUUAACCUUUUAACUAUUAUUUUUUUUAUCAAUUUGAUGAACUUUUUACCACAUAUAUAUAUUUAUAGCUAUUUUUGUUAUUUUACAGUUAUGUAGUAUUUAUAGUCCUGUUACUGUGUAUUUUUGUGAUUGUUUAAGCGGGCGUAUAUUUUGGUUACUACAUGUUGUAGCUUACAGUCAUCAUUGGGUAGAGAUGGGCCAGUAGUGGCGCUCGUAUUUAGAAUCAAGUGGGGAAGGAAGAUUCUAAUCAUUGUGUAAAUAAACAAUGUUAUUAACAUUUGAAGGGGGUCUUCUCAUAAGACAGAAUUCUGGUAGUAUGACCUAUUGGUACUCUCAGUAAUGUAGUGUAUUUAGACCCAUUUUUAGCCUUUAUAUGGUCUACUUGAUUUAUAUCACUGGUGCUUUAAAUAUACCAUCUUUGUAAUGUAUAAAUGAUCUUAACCGACUUUUCAUGUCGAUUUAGGAUAUCAAGUACAUUUCUUCUAGAAGACAAUUUUUUUUUUAUCAUUUGAUACUAUAGUGAUAUGUAAAUGUAUUUUUACUUUUUGAUACAGAUCUGCCGUAAAACACUUUCAACCUGAUCCACACUCAUUCAUAUGGACUAACAAAAUACAUUAAAAUAGUUUUUUAUUUCUUCAAGUUAGAGAAGUGCAGCCAUACAUUUAUUUUGCUCUGAUUACAGUACCUUUUUUUGGAGACUUUCUCCAAGAAUUUUAUUUUCUAUGAUCACAUGACACAUAAGAUGCAGCUGUUCCAGUAUACAUACAUGUUUUAGUCAAGUAGAACUGCUUGUUUUUAAUAUUCAAUGUUUUUGUAACUGAUUUCAUGGCCAUUAGUGCUGUACAUUCAUCUGUGCAGAACAAGUUUAUUAAUAAAAAAACAUACAUACAUUU